AUUCACCAGCUGAAGGACGUUCACCAAAAUGUUUUCCUGUCCCAAGUCCAACAUCUGUCCAAACUAGUCUAAAACCAAGUCCAACAUCUGUCCCAAACUAGUCUAAACCCAAGUCCAACAUCUGUCUCAAACUAGUCCAGAACUAAGUCCAAUGUCUUUCCCAAAUUAAUCCAGAACUAAGUCCAACAUCUUUCCCAAACUAGCCCAUAACUAAGUCCAACAUCUGUCCCAAACUAGUCAAAAACCAAGUCCAACAUCUGUCCUGAACUAGUCUAAAACCAAGUCCAAAAUCUGUCCCAAACUAGUCUAAAACCAAGUCCAACAUCUGUCCCAAACUAGUCUAAAACCAAGUCCAACAUCUGUCCCAAACUAGUCUAAACCCAAGUCCAACAUCUGUCUCAAACUAGUCCAGAACUAAGUCCAAUGUCUUUCCCAAAUUAAUCCAGAACUAAGUCCAACAUCUUUCCCAAACUAGCCCAUAACUAAGUCCAACAUCUGUCCCAAACUAGUCAAAAACCAAGUCCAACAUCUGUCCCAAACUAGUCUAAAACCAAGUCCAACAUCUGUCUCAAACUAGUCCAGAACUAAGUCCAACAUCUGUCCCAAACUAGUCCAGAACUAAGUCCAACAUCUGUUCCAAACUAGUCUAAAACCAAGUCCAACAUCUGUCACAAACUAGUCUAAAACCAAGUCCAACAUCUGUCACAAACUAGUCUAAGACCAAGUUCAACAUCUGUCCCAAACUAGUCUGAAACCAAGUCCAACAUAUGUCCCAAACUAGUCUAAAACCAAGUCUAACAUCUGUCUCAAACUAUUCCAGAACUAAGUCCAACAUCUGUCCCAAAUUAAUCCAGAACUAAGUCCGACAUCUGUCCCAAACUAGUCUAAAACCAAGUCCAACAUCUGUCCCAAACUAGCCCAGAACUAAGUCCAACAUCUGUCCUGAACUAUGUCCUCACAUGCCCAAAAUGUUCUCAAUUUACUAAAACGUUGACAUGUUUUUAAGGAUGUUGAACUUAACUAAACUGACUCAUCGUCCUUCAGGUUCUGCUGCUGCAUUCCGACCUAAUAAAACAGCAUCUUGGUCCAGGUUCUGCAGCCUGCGGCCGGCUAACGCGUCGUGUGAACCUGCAGAGUCCACUGGAACCCUGUCAGACGGACAUGUGAAGGGGAUCUAUGGAGAUGGACGAUGGACGAAAAUGUGUGGGCGAAGCCAGAGAGGCUGUUGCCAUGGCGCUGCUCCUCCACCUGUUACUGAUAAUUCUGUAAUGGAGACGUCGGUGUGUUCGGAGCCUCAUAGCGUCACAAGUUUCUGUCAGCUGCAGCCGCUGACUCACAAUUAAACCCAAGAUCUAACCAAAGUUUCCACGUUGACGUUGGUCAGCAUCAGGAGAUGUCAGAUUGAGCAAAGUCAUCCUGAAGAACCAAAACAUCCAGCCAGAGUCUCAAAGAAGCACAACUACAACCACGAGUCCUGCAGCCGAUGGUCCAAACCUACACAGCCAUGAAAUAUCAUGGAGUCAACAUGCAACAUCAGCCAACACUAGUCUAAAACCAGUUCCAAACCAGUCUAAAACUAAUCCUAAACCAGUCUAAACCUGGUCCAAAACCCGUCUAAAGCUAGUCCAACACCAGUCCCAAACUAAUCUAAAACUAGUCCCAAACUAAUCUAAAACUAGUCCCAAACCAAUCUAAAACUAGUCCAAAACCAAUCUAAAACUAGCCCUAAACUAGUCUAAAACUAGCCCUAAACCAGUCUAAAACUAGUCCAAAAUGAGCCUAAAACCAGUUCCAAACCAAUCUAAAACUAGUCCCAAACCAAUCUAAAACUAGUUCCAAACCAAUCUAAAACUAGUCCAAAAUGAGUCUAAAACCAGUUCCAAACCAGUCUAAAACUAGUCCCAAACCAGUCUAAAACUAGUCCCAAACCAGUCUAAAACUAGUCCCACACCACUCUAUAACUAGUCUUAAACCAGUCUGGAACUAGUCCAAAACCAGAAUAUAACCAAGUCUAAAAUCAAGAUCAAAACUAAUCUUCAAACCAGUCCAGCAUCUGUCCAACAUCCACCAAAACCCAAGGCUGAAAAGAGUCCAAAACAUAUCUUAAACCAUUCUCAAACUAAGUUCAUAUAUUGAUCUAAAACUAAGUCCAACUUGCGUCCUAGUCUAAAAUUAGGUCCAAAUCAGUCUAACAUUAAGUCCAAACCAGUUUUCACCAUUUCCUGACAUUUUAUUUGGAUUCAGGCUGUCGUUUGUUCCUUCUGUAAUUUAAAACUAAUAACAUUUACUCUAAUAAUAGAACAAUAAAAUACAUAAAGUGGUGUUUUAAAAAGCCAGCUCUGCCAUGGUGUGUUCAUCAGGCAGGUUGCCGUGGUAACCAGGGCCGUGCAGCCUGAUAACAUGAAGGCUGUCUGAGAUAAACACUCUGACGGUCACACAGCGACAACAACACUCUGACCUCUGCCCUCUGCAAGGUCGGCUGGCUUCAUUAAAGUCCGUCUGCAGCCUCUCGCUUCAUUCUGCUCCUCACUGCCGUCAUGUCCACCGGCCUCCUGGUCCUCCUGGUCCUCCUGGUCCUCCUGGUCCUACUCAUCCUCCGACGCUCCAGACCCAGAGGUCUGUCCGCUGCUCCCCAGACUCGGAGCUCUAUCCCUGGGCUGCCGAGGCUCCCGGUCCUGGGCAGUCUGCCCUGGAUGAGAAGAGACGUCGCCCCACACCUGAUGUUCACCAGACUGGGCCGCAGGUUGGGCCCUCUGUUUGCGCUGCACGUGGGGCCUCACUACACUGUGGUGGUCAACAGCCAUGAACACGCCAGAGAGGUUCUGCUGCAGAGAGGGAAGGACUUCGCUGGACGGCCCAACAUGGUCACCACCAACCUGCUGACCAGAGGCGGUAAAGACAUCGCAUUUUGUGACUUCUCUCCUCUGUGGAAGUUUCACCGUCGCCUUGUCCACAACUCCUUUACUCUGUUCGGAGAAGGAACCAGCCGACUGCAGGACGUCGUUCUGUUGGCAGUGGAUGGUCUCUGCAUCGAGCUGCUGUCCAGUGGGAGGCGGGGCUUCGACCCGUCGCCUGCGGUGACCAGAGCCGUCACCAAUGUGGUUUGCACGCUGGUGUUCAGCGCCACCUAUCGACACGGAGAUGCCGAACUGCAGGAAGUGAUGCGAUACAAUGACGGCAUCGUGCAGACGAUCGCCAGGGGAGGACUGGUGGACAUUUACCCCUGGAUGAAGGUUUUUCCUAAUCAGACUCUCAGGAAGCUGAAGGAGUCCAUCAGGAUCAGAGACCAGCUGUUGACCCGAAAACUGGAGGAACACAAGGCGUCUCUGAGUGACGGCGACCCCCAUGACCUGCUGGACGCUCUGCUAAAGGGCCAGAUGGACGGUGGGCGGGGCCAGAGGUCACCUGGGUCGGGAAUAACGGACGACCACGUCCUGAUGACGGCGGCCGAAGCUUUCGGAGCCGGAGUGGAGACCACGUCGACCACGCUGCUGUGGAUCCUGGCCUACCUGCUGCACCACCCCGAGGUCCAGGAGCGUGUGCAGAAGGAGCUGGACGAACAGGUGGGCGGUGAGCGAGCGGUGAGCGUGUCGGACCGCGGCCAGCUGCCGUACCUGGACUGUGUGAUCAACGAGGGAAUGAGGAUCCGACCGGUGAGCCCGGUGCUGAUCCCCCACACGGCCAUGAAAGACAGCAGCAUCGGAGGUCAUGCUGUCCAUCGUGGGACCCGUGUUCUGGUCAACAUGUGGUCGAUUCACCACGACCCCCGACACUGGAACAAACCGGACCUGUUCAACCCAGACCGUUUCCUCGACGACCAGGGACAGCGCGUCAUGCCUUCCUGUUUCCUGCCGUUUGGGGCGGGGCCUCGAGUCUGCGUCGGCGAAUCGCUGGCCAGGCUGGAGCUCUUCCUGUUCCUGUCAUCUCUGCUCCAGCGAAUGAGCUUCAGGCUGCCGGACGGCGACACCCCGCCCAACCUGCAGGGGCGGCUGGGCGUGGUCCUGCAGCCGCUGCCUUAUAAGGUCGUGGUCACGCCAAGGCCGGGGUGGGAGAGUGGGGCCAAAUGACACGGGGGAGGAGCUUAGAGUGACACUCGGCGGUAAGAAGAAACCUCAUGCAAACCAGGAGGAGGAGAAAAACAUCGAGUCGACAGGACAGACUCCUACAGCGGAAACAACAUCUUAGUAAAGUAAAUAAACCACAGGUGGAGCUGCUUCCAAUGAGAAAACGCUGAUUAAAAAUCUGAGUUUGAAUGGA